AUGCUGGGCGUAAGCAGCCAGCCGGGCAACCCGCCGUCCAGCCUUAGGCACUCGGCGAGCUUUUCUUGCCUGCAGCGGGGCUCGGGCAACGAGGCUCACCGCGCCCGCACCUCGACCCUGCCCCAACAGCCCAGCCUCCAGCAGCUGGGUGGACAUAAUCAUCAUCAUCAUCAUCAUCAUCACCAGUACGGCAACGGUGGCCUGUCCUCCCUCCAGCACCACCACAGUCAGCAGCAGCCCCCGGGCCCACCGGCGCAACAACACACCAGCUACAGCCAUCACCUCCACGGGCAUCAGCAGCAGCGACAGCAGGCCAACGAAGCCAAGGGCUUGCAGGUCGGUAGCUGCAGCGACUCGGGCCUCGGGGGCGUUGAGCUCUCGUAUCUCGACUCGGGCAACGAUUACGGCUUCGUGCGUUCCCGGCCCCGGCUGCGCAGCACCAACGCCAUCCUGCUCAGGGGCUCCGACGAGCAAGACCAGCAACAGCCCAUUUCAAGCAGCAUGACCAAGUCGACCUCGUCUCCCCACGGCGUCGACGCAAACUAUCCACGGCAGUGCGCCGAGCCCCUCGACAAGACCAAGGCAACCACCAACAACAACCCCCUGAAGGGCGCGUUGAUCCUCUUUACGACUUCAACCUCCUCCUGGUGGAAGAGCAGGCAACGCGACGAGCUGGCCAACAACGGCAGUCCGCCGGACCAGCGCAAGUGGCAACAGCAAUCGCCGGCCGUGGCCACGUCGCCCGUGCACGAGCGCCGCUGGCCCGGCAACGCCUGCUACUACAGGCGCACCACCACCACCACCAACAACAACACCCCGGCCAAGGAGAGCAGCAAGUGGUCCCUGGACUCGGACAAGCAACAACAGAGGUGGCCCCACGCCAACUCGGCCAAUGUCACCCCUGCUGCCGGGGCGGUCUCGAGUGGCAGCAGUAACGGCAGCACGGGCCAGGAUCAGCGCAAGUGGCGCUCCCUCGGUGCCCUCUUGAGGAGCCCGGUAAGCGGUGGCAACAAUCAUACGACCCCCACCGUCUACCACAACGCAAGCGUGUCCAUGAUCGAGGACAUUAUUGAGAGGCCGCCCCUCGUCGAGUGCUCCUCCUCGUCCACGUCGCUCGUCGAGCACCCGACCACCACGGGCUACUACCGUCGCGCCAAUCCGAUCUCCUCGUCCGCACCCAGGCUCAUGUCCAAGUCCAACAACAGCGACUACUCGCUGGCCAACGGUAGGGCAAAGGUCGGCCGGAGGCUGUUCCAGCAGGACGAGGUCGAGCUGGAGGAGCGCGAAGCCAAAGAAUCGAAGCAGCCGCAGGCGAGGUCGGCGAGGGCCCAGAGUUUUUACCUGCUCGAUGAUUUUUUGCGGCCGCAGCCCCAGCAGCAGCAGCAGCAGCAGUCCCAGGUGCAGCAAAAACAACAACAGCAGCUUAACGGUGGCUCCAAGUGCUCGCUGGACAUGCAUUACUUGUCGUCGCCGGCGUACGCGAGGGUCGGCUCGACCGUUGCCAAUGUGGCCCCGAGCGCGGGGGGCAUCAUGGGCGGGCCCCGUAACGUCACGAACAUCACGCCCCCGCGUAGGCACAACUCCAGCUCGGACAGUCUGGAGGUCGCGACGAGUCCCCUGCCGCCUCCCGUGCCCCCGCCACCCCCGCAGAUCAAUGGCGCCGCCAAAGCCAACAACCUCGCUGCUACUGCCAACGCCCGGGACAAGGAGCGCGACUGGCCGGAGAAGGAGCUCUGCAGGUGCAGGACCUGCUGGACCGGCCUUCAACAAAGAUCCUUUCACGCGGACGAGCACGCGUAG